AUGGAGCGAAGGGUGCUGGAAGCAGCUCGAGAGGGCAAUAUCCAUGAGCUGACAGACUUGAUCGGCAGCAACGAGCUCAUCCUCGAGGAGAUGGCUCUCAAAGAAGCCGGUCACACGCUGCUGCACGUCGCUUGUUUGGGCGGCCAUUUGGAGGUCGUCCGAGAGCUCCUGAAGCAUAUGCCAAAGUUUGCCGAAAAAGUGGACCGGGAUGGGUUCAGCCCGCUGCACAUCACAGCAGCUCGCGGUGACGUUGAGAUUGCGGAGGAGCUCUUGAAAGUUGGUACACACCUGUGCUCCGUGAAGGGUUGGGAGAGAAGAAUCCCUUUGCAUUAUGCCAUCAUCAACGGGGAGGUUGAUGUCAUGGAGAUACUGCUAUCCACUUCACCCGAGUCUGUUGAAGAGAAAACCGCUCGAGAGGAGACCGCGCUUCACCUCGCUGUGAAGAACAACCGGUUUAAAGUGCUCGUUCGGUUGGUGGAGCAUCUGAAGCAGCACAAGAAGGAGCAGGUGGUCGACUUCCUGCUUCGUGGGCAUGCUCUGGAGUGCGAGGUCGUGGAGGUGAACGCCCCGAACGAGAGUGGCUUGACGCCACUAGAUGUCUCAACUACUCCCUCGCAAAGGGGAGCACAAGAUAGAGAGAUCACAGAAAUUCUCACACGAGCAGGAGCCAAACACGGAGCUUCAAGACCAGUCUCGGGGGACGACGACGAUAUCGAGGCAGGUAACGGUCAUCAAUCAGAUGGGGAACCAGUCUCAAAUGCUCCUCAGCCAUCAUCACGUUUGACAAUUAAGAAUUCGAACAAAGAUGAUGGAGAGAGGUGGGGCAAGAUUGAGGCCCUGCUGGUCGUUGCAGGGCUCAUCGCCAACGCGACCUACCAAUCCGUGCUUCAGCCUCCAAGCAUUGUGGAACUUAUCAAGAUCGACAAUACUUCCAGGGGAUCCAACGACAGUACUGCCCCUGCCUCUGCCCCUGCACUGGAGAUAAAGGAGAACAUACCUGAUGGCUCGAGACUGGUGUACACCAUUUUCCUGGGAGGCAACACAUUUGGAUUCUUGGUGUCGAUCCAGAUAAUCAUUUACCUCACCAAAAUGAUCCAAGACAAAAAGAAACGACAAGACAAAAAUAUCCAAAUGGUCCAAGAAGAAGAGAACCAAGAACGGUACAUCUUCGGGUUGAUUAUGCUAUCUAUGAUCGCAAUGGUUCUAACUUACUUUUGCUUCACGUUAUCCCUGCUGAUCAUAUCAACGAGUGGUGCUAGUGUGAAAACCACUGUCCUGCACUCGUUGCCUCUUAUGAUAGCAGAUUUUUCUUCUACUGAUACAGAAGGGGCUGGUGAAAAUUUUAGAAAUUUUCUUGGAACCGCUCUUUCGAUUCUUGGGCCGUUUGCCCAAUAG